CACAACCCCCAUCUUUUUGUUUAAAGAGUACUGCAUAGCUAUAAAAUAAAGUAGAUUAAUCUCUAAAAUCACCAUGAUUAAUAGCUUAAGCAAUAUGAAGAACUACAACGAGAAACGUGUAAGAUGUUGUGAGUACAUCAAAGCUCUUGAAGAAGAACGCCGCAAGAUCAAUGUCUUCCAACGCGAGCUUCCUCUUUGCUUAGAGCUUGUCACUCAAGCGAUCGAGACAUAUAAAAAGGAGAUAUCAGAGCCGACAAUGGAGAACUUGUGCGGACAAUCGGAGUGCUCCGAGCAAACGACUGGAGAAUGUGGGGGCAUCCUGGAUCUAUUUAGACCUAUCAAACACUCUUCAACCUCCUUAGAAGGGGAAGAAGAAGAGGUUGAUGUUGAUGAUGAACAUGAAUCUAAUGAAACUGGCCUAGAUUGCGAUGACAAGAACAUGAAAUCUGAAUGGCUCAAGUCUGUUCAGCUCUGGAACCAACCUGACUCCGUUCUUUCUAAUAAAUUGGAACGCUCACAACAGGAGACAGAAACGGUGGUAGAAGCAAUAAACGGAAAUGACAACGGAACAACCGGUCGGCAAAAGAUGGAGGCGGAAAAAGACAUCAGCGGUGGCAGCGGCGGCAGCGGCGGGAUAGGGCGGAGAAAGCAUAGGCGGUGUUGGUCACAUGAGUUGCACAGACGCUUCUUGAACACUCUUAAACAGCUUGGUGGUCCUCAUGUAGCUACUCCGAAACAGAUAAGAGAGCUAAUGAAGGUUGAUGGGUUAACGAAUGAUGAAGUUAAAAGUCAUUUGCAGAAAUACAGGAUGCAUACAAGACGACCUGGCCAAACAAUUCCUAACAAGAGAGAUUCUCAAACGCAACAUUUCGUAGUCGUCGGUGGGAUAUGGGUCCCUCAAGCUAGCCACUCCACGGCCAAUGCUGCCACAGCGGGUGAGACCACCAUCGGGAUUUAUGGUCCGUUGCAGUCAGAGUGGCCGAGCCAAUCAAAUUUUGGUCGGACUAUUUCGGAAGAAAGAUCACGAUGCUCUAACAAAGGAAUUAUUCGGUGUAGCUCUCCUGCAAUGUCUUCUUCUACUCGUACAAAGACUAAAGAUCCAAAACUAUCAUAACUUUAUUUUAAAAGUUCAUUACGAAAAGCAAAGGGUAUAGACAUUGAAAUUCAUACGAAAAUGUUUAUAUACAAUUACAUAGGAUAAAAUGGAAUUUGUUACUUUACUGUGUACACAUUGUUGUUAGCUGUCCCAUAAAUCAAAGAUCCAUAUUAAUUUACUGAA